AUGUUAUUCUGCAAGAAAACUUUAGUCUUCAAGAUUUUAUGGGUUCUUCUUUUUUUCAGCGUCCAUUGCUUGGCUGCAACUCAUUACCAUUUCAAGGUUAUGGAAGCUCCAUAUACAAGACUCUGCAGCAAAAAGAAGAUCUUGACUGUGAAUGGACAAUUUCCAGGACCAGCUUUACACGUUCAUCAUGGAGACACAAUCUAUGUUACGGUCCAUAACAAGGGCAGAUAUAACAUCACCAUCCACUGGCACGGCGUAAAACUGACUGGAUAUCCUUGGUCAGAUGGUCCUGAAUAUAUUACACAGUGUCCAAUCCAACCUGGAGGGAAGUUCAAGCAAAAGAUCAUAUUUUCCACAGAGGAAGGCACCCUAUGGUGGCAUGCUCAUAGUGACUGGUCGCGAGCGACGGUCCACGGGCCUAUCAUUGUGUAUCCAAAGAUUAAUGGAACUGGAUAUCCUUUUUCCAAACCUCAUGUCGAGGUCCCUAUCAUUUUAGGAGAAUGGUGGAAGAGAGAUGUGAUGGAUGUUCUUCAGGAAGCGGUAAUAACAGGAGGAGACCCCGCCGUCUCUGAUGCUUUUACCAUUAAUGGCCAGCCUGGUGACCUGUACCCUUGUUCAAAGCCAGAAACAAUCAAGCUAAAUGUGGAUCAAGGCAACAGUUACCUGCUCCGGAUAGUAAAUGCUGCAGUAAACACCAUUCUAUUCUUCUCAGUCGCGAAGCAUAAUCUGACAGUUGUCGGAAUAGAUGGCAGCUACGCCAAGCCUUUGACAAGCGGCUACAUAACUAUAGCCCCUGGGCAAACCAUUGAUGCUGUAUUACAUGCCAACCAAGAUCCCAAUCACUACUACAUGGCUGCUAGGGCCUUCACUAGCAGCCCUUCUGUUGCUUUUGAUAACACCACUGCCACUGCUAUAGUUCAAUACAAUGGAAACUACACCCUUUCUUCAUUUCCUUCCUUACCCCAACUCCCUUAUUAUGAUGACACAAAUGCAGCCUAUAGCUUUCUUAGUAGCCUUAGGAGCUUAGCUGACGAAGACCAUCCUGUUCGUGUUCCUUCAAAUAUUACCACUCGUAUAGUUUCCACUCUUUCUGUUAACGCCUUACCUUGCAACAGAAACCGUUCAUGUGAGGGUCCAAAUGGAACCAUUCUUGCUGCUAGCAUGAACAAUAUAACCUUUGUGAACCCUUCAAUUGAUAUACUAGAAGCUUAUUACAAGCAUAUCCAUGGGGUCUAUGGAGCUGAUUUUCCUAGCUUUCCACCUUUGGUGUUUAAUUUUACAGCUGAUAAUCUGCCAUUGAUACUAGAAGUAUCGAAAACAGGGACAGAAGUGAAAAUAUUGCCUUUUAAUUCCGCGGUGGAAAUUAUUUUCCAGGGAACCAAUGUGGUAGCUGGUAUUGAUCAUCCUAUGCAUCUCCAUGGCUAUAGCUUCUACAUCGUUGGGUGGGGAUAUGGGAAUUUUGACAAAGACAAGGACCCUCAAAACUACAAUCUCAUUGAUCCUCCAUUUCGAAACACAGUGACUGUGCCUAGAAAUGGCUGGACCACCAUCAGAUUUGAGGCUACCAAUCCUGGAGUUUGGUUCAUGCACUGUCAUUUUGACCGUCAUCUAACUUGGGGCAUGGAUACUGUUUUCAUCGUUCAGGAUGGGACUGAAGCACGUUUAUCACCUCCCCCACCGGACAUGCCUCCUUGCUAA